AUGACAGGGAAGCGGCAGAGGCGGGCAGGAGGCGUGACCGGCAGGCACGAGGCAGGACCGGGCUACCCCGCGCCCCUCCGGCCGCAGCGCGGGGCAGGGCGGGAGGCGGGGGUGGCCGCCGUCGCCUCAGUGUCUGGGGGUUGUUGCUUAUCGCUGUCCGUCCCCCAUCCCCGCCCGUCCCCGCCCGUUCCCGCCGCCCCUGCUCCCGCCGGCUGCGGCGCGGCUGCAGCCCCUGUCGCGCUGAGUUUGCGUUCCAGAGGACGGAACUUCCCCGGGGCUCGAGGUGAGCAGUCAGGUGCAGUGGAUUCUGCAGGUGUGGAACGAGAUGUUGUGAGCACAUGGAUCCAUCUGAAAAGAAAAGAAGUUGCCAUUAAGCAAGACAAAUCUAUCAUGAAAACUCAUGCUGGUGAAAUGACUGAGUUACCGAAUGGAGAACUGGAUGCUCUCCCGUCUUUUUGCACCACUAAGAUAAGAAAGAUGCGCCAGCAGCUGAUCUCCAAGCAGGGAAACGGGGGCAAGUCAAGAAAGCUGCAGCAGGAACUCAGACCGAAGAAACUGGAAACAAGUGUUGUGAACUGUGUUGUCCCCGAUCGGCUCAUGAACAGAAUCCACCUGAAAAACAUCAGAGAGACUGUGAAACAGGUGACGGAGGCUCAGAUCCAUGGAUCCUCAGUGUGCCCUGACUGCCAGAAGCUGCAAGCAGAGCUAGCCAAGAUUACCUUUCUCCGACAAAAGAAGGUUUUCAUGGAAAGUGCUUUAAUCCAAGAGAAACUGGAAGAACAGAUUUACUGCAGAGCUGUGCUUACACGUAUAGGAGACGUGCUGAGAAGCUUUACCAAACCUUCAGAGGAUCCCAGGAACUUAGGGCGAAGACUGAAAGGUCAGAAAAUAUGGCAAAGCUCCCAACAGGAGCAUACAGCGGGAUAUGUAUGCUCAGACAAAAGCCAUCCAUAUGUAUGGAUCAGACGAAAGCCAUCCCUGAGUGCCGAGGAGCUGGGUGCUGCCAGGACUCCAGUAAUUCCCCAGGAGCUGAGCACAUCAAGCAUCUUGCAAGGGGAUAACUGUGUCGGAGCAGCCAUCUUCCAUGCUUGUAGAAGCCUGCUUUCCAAAGAUGAGGCAUUUCACAGGCUACCAAGUACUGCAGAGAGCUCCUACACAGUGAGGCUGCUCAGCUUUCCUUUUCUUCCCUGAACUACUUAUUCCGCGUUCAAAGCAAACAGGCAGGUAGCACACAGGGGACGCAGGGCUUCUCCUCCCCAGAGGCCUUAUUAUGCAUGUGCCUGCAGGGCUCUUAUGGAGCUGGAUGCCCUGCAGCACCAACCCCUUCUUGGCAAACAGACCCGUCCUCUGCUGGAACACAACACCCCAGCCACCAGAGAAGCCCCCGAGUCAUUCUCCAGAUUUACGCUAUGGAGUGGUAAAACAUUUCUUUGUGCCUUAAUAUAGAAGCAAAGGAGACAAACACAAAGAUUCAGUGUCUGAAGGAGCUGGCAAGGCCAUUCCUAAGUCUCUGUGUGAAAUUUUGACUUGUGUUUGCAGAGGUCUUUGGUGCUUUUGCCUGCUUCUGCUUUCCGACUGCUGGACCUGCCUUUAUUCCGCCCACCAGAGAUGUGCACCCCCGAUCCAUAGAGUCCUGCUUGUAGCCCUGCUCGCUUUGUCUAUUGCAAUGCCUAACUGCACCGUGCUGGCUUAACAGUGGGGCGAUGUGGACGUGCAGCCUGUGGGCAUGUUUAUGUUACAGCCGCCUUGCCUCGCCUCCACUAGGAGCGUGUGGGACUGUUUGGUGAGAGACAGAUGAGAGACAAAACUGGCAUGAAUCACAUGAAACAUGGCGCAGGACUCCUGAGUGUAAUUUAAAACAGCAACCAGAAGGUGCGUGUCCCUGCUGUGCUGGGCACUGUGCUUCGCUCGUGCAUAGAAAUUGUGAGGCAUUGCAGUGAUGCAGGAUUUCUCUUACUUGUAAGAUCCAAAAUGGACUUCUAAUUAAUCAUCACCUAUGAACGCUGUUAAAAAGCUGCCAGAACCCUCCUUGAACUCUCAUCUGUCCUUUUUCUGCUCCAGUGCAACUGAAUGCCUAAUUAUAAAGAAGUAAGGGAAAUUAAAGGAGCUAUUCUGCCUUCCUGGCAUCCUGUUUGACACUCCGAUUAUUCUCGAGAAGAAAGGACUAUCCUGGUGCGGUCCCAGAGGAGGAUUAACAGCCCUGGAAGCAAUGCAAGAAGAAUCACGCUGAUGUGAAGAAGACAGAUGUGUGUGGAGUUCAAGUUCAUCUUGGCAGAUUCAUGCUGAAAAUGCCAAUCUGACAGUUUUAAUGCUGGCAGGAAAAGCAAUGGAUGAGGGGGCUGGGGAAGUGAUGGCUCGUUCCAGCUCCGUGUGAGCGACGGCGGGGAGGCUGUGCUCUCAAACAGCCCCCAGCCUGCGCAGGGUGGCUCUCAUCUGCCAGUACGUGUCAAGGUGACAAAGGAUGCCAGCCAAGAGAUGAUAGUUUGUCUCUGGCUGUUGCUGCUCAGUGGUGAGAAAGAUGUGGGCCGAGGUGGUUCUGCCUUAAGCAACAAGAUCUGCUGGGAGGACAAAGACGUAGCUACAAAUGAAUUUGCUUCCCAGUUGCUAUCACGGGCACUGAUUGUGGGGCUGCUGCAGCAGCCAGAGCUGAGCACAGUCUGUACAGGUCACUUAGGGCAGGAUGGAGGUGCAGUGGAAGGAAUGGUCUUCGUGGUCACAAAAGGAGUGUAAAUGCUUGUCCUUCUUUGCUCUUCCUCAGUCGUGUGUGUCAGAGUGGUGCACGGUGCCCUGGGCUCACCCCCAUGCAAGGUUCUUCAUGUGAUUGUAUGUCAUGUUAUUAUAGCAUUAACAAGCUUUUCUAGUGUUGGAACAUUUGGAUGUAGCCUCUGUGGAAAUUCCUCUGAGGCUUAAUGUCUGUCAGUCCAGAAUCCUUAGCAAGACUUCAGGAGGGAUUAUGUCCUGAGGGAAGGUGUCAGUAUUUCAUCUUAUGAACAGCUGAGGAAAGGUGAGCAUCCUGCUUGCUUCUUUCUGUCUGAUUUGAAACAAGAUGAUGCAGAUUUUCCUCUACUUUCUACAGUGGGAGUCUGGACUCCAGUGAAGUAAAGGACAUGGGUUUCAUAGAAUCCCAAGUUUGGAAAAGACCUUUGAGAUCAAAUCCAACCGUACCUGUUCACUACUAAAUCAUAUCCCUAAGCACUUCAUCUAUCCUUUAAACUCCUCCAGGGAUGGUGCCUCAACCACCUCCCUGGGCAGCCGUUUCUGUGCUUGAGAACCCUUUCUGUGAAGAAGCUUUUCCGGAUGUCCAAUGUGAUCCUCCUCUGGUGCAGCUUGAGGCCAUUCCCUCUUGUUCUAUCACCUGUCACUUGGGAGAAGAGACCAAUGCCCACCUCUCUACAACCUCCUUUUAGGUAGUUGUAGACAGUGAUAACAUCUCCUCUUCUCCAGGCUAAACAACCCCACUUCUGUCAGCCACUCUUCAUAAGGUUUGUUCUCCAGCCCCUUCACCAGCUCCGUCCCCUUCUCUGGAUGUGCUGCAGGACGUCGAUAUCUUCUCUCUAAUGAGGAGCCCAAAACUCGACUCAGUUUUCGAGGCUUUGAUACACUGCCGCAGUUUCUGCAAGGCUCCCAGGUGCAAGAAGGGAAAUGAAGCUUUUUAGCUCCAUAGCUUGGACUACGCUGAACGAAGUAAAUAAAAGACAUUUCUGUAAUAGAUUCUUCCUGUUGAAAACUGAAGUGUGCUGCAAAGAAUGAAAUGGAGAGCUCUGCAAAAAAUGAAAUGGAGAGCUGAGAGCAUUGCAAAGAAAGUGGAUGUGAAAGUGCUUUCUUGGGAUGAAUGUGUCAGUGAAUGCCCCCCUCCCAGCUCCUGCUGCUCCAUUCUGCAUCCCGGAGAGACCCACCCUGCGUACAGACAGAAGAAGGGAUUGGGAGCUAGGACGCUGCUGAGUGCACAGAGGAGCAGAGAAGAGAAGGUGAAGCUUAUCAUGCUCAGGCCCUCGGUGGGGAACAGGGCAGUGCAGUGUUGUCUGGUUUUUACCACAUAGCUUAGACCUUGCCCGGCUGCUCGAAGAAUGCCAUUGCAAGGCUCAUGGUGAAGAGCAAGUUGAGGGUGUCCAAUGGAUUCCCUUCUGGAGAAGAAACGGUGCUGGUUACUGGGAUAUCUGUAGGUUUUUAUAACUGGCACAAUCCGACAGAUUUUACAGAGUGGAAGGGGAUUAAAAUCUAAGCAGUAAGCAGAAUUGUUUUGUUCUGGUUUGUUUUUAAAUCAAACUAGAUGAUUUGCCACGGGGGUGUUGGGUACCUGCUGGAUGUAGCAUGGCUGGAAACCCAAGCGCUCUGCUAAAGGAAAUUUCUGUACUGGCACUCAAAGAGAGGACGGCUCAGAUGAGGCUUCCAGUAGUUUUCCAUUGACAGCUUCAGUCUGCAUUAUUUCUUCUGCAGAAAGUGUCUGGAAAGGCGCUUCCAAGCAAAACUGUUGGGGCUGAAUAGAAUUUGACAAAUGCCUACUGGCUGGAACACUCUGAAAACGUGUUCUGUAGGCUUUGUCACUCUUAGAGUGUCUGAAAUAACAGUUGGUCUCCAAAGUCCAAUGGAAAUGUGACUUGCAUCAGGGAGAAAGAAGGACCAUCCCAAAGAAGGAUGCCUGGAAGAGCAGUGGGCCAGGCUUUGAUAUCUGUUGCACGGUCUGAAUGUCAUCAGGAAAUUGCUGUUCCUUUGUGAAACAGCCGGGCACUUCACACCAGAGACGGUGAGUGCUUGCAAGAGUGCACACAGGAGAAUGGAAACAGCCCUGAAGAGAAGGACUUGGGGUGCUGGGGUUCAGAAGCCCAACAUGAGCCGGCAAUGUGUGCUCACAGCCCAGAAAGCAACUGUGUCCUGGGCUGCAUCCCAAGCAGGGGAACCAGCAGGGAUGGAGGGGAUUCUGCCCCUCUGCUCUGCUCUGAGAUCCCAUCUGGAGCCCUGUGUCCAGUUCUGGAGUCGUCAGCACAGGAAGGACAUGGAGCUGUUGAAACAGGUCCAGAGGAGGCCAUGGAGAUGAUCCGAGGGCUGGAGCACCUCCUGUACGAGGACAGGCUGAGAGAGGUGGGGUUGUUGAGCCUGGAGAAGAGAAGGCUGUGGGGAGAUCUUAGAGCAGCUUCUAGUGCUGAAAGGGACUUCAGGAAAGCUGGGGAGGGAAUUUUUACAAGGACCUGUAGGGAUAGGACACUGAGUAAUAGCUGUAAACUGAAAGAGAGAAGAUUUAGAUUGGAAAUAAGUAGAGGAGUUUUUAUGAUGAGGGUGGGGAGGCCCUGGCCCAGGUUGCCCAGAGCAGUGGUGGCUGCCCCAUCCCUGGAGGGGUUCAAGGCCAGGUUGGAUGGGGCUUUGAGCCCCUGAUCCAAUGGGAGGUAUCCCUGCCCAUGGCAGGGGUUGGAACUGGAUGGUCUUUGAGGUCCCUUCUGACCCAAAGCAUUGAAUGAUUCUAUGACUGAGGUGCUGAUCUUUGUGAAUCUCAUGUGGCUACUUAACACAGGUUUGUCUAAAUUGAUUUUCUUCUGCAGAUCACUUAAGCUCUUGCAUGCUUUGAACUGCUCUUGUGUGCUUGACAUGGUUUGGUGCCUCUGGGUGUACUGCAGGACACAGCAAGCUGGUGAGUUUCUGAAGCUGAUAUGUUUGCAUUUGAACUUCCUAGAUCACCUCUCACCCUAAGACUGACAGGCAAGGGCAGCUUCUAGCUGAGAUAUUUUGUUAACUUCUUGCUGACUUCUUUCUGGGUGUCAUGACGAAGCACCUGGGAGCAGAUAAUUCCUGGGAUAUGCAUCUGGAUUGGCUUGAAGACGACAGCUGGAAAAAAUCUGUGCAUGCAGAAUGGGGAUUUGAAUUGUCUGUUGGAAAUCUGGGUAAGACUAGAGCUGCGUGAGGCAGUGUAGGACAGAAGUCCUACAGGGACCACAUGCAGGGAGCGUGUGGGUGGAGGAGUCAUCCCUGGGAGAAGGCAGCCUGUUCCUGCCCGGGGGGCUGUCUGCACCACAGUCUGGUGGAGCGACAGGAUGCUUCCAUGUCUCCAUCACUCAAAAUUGCAGAGAACUUGAAGUCCCAAUGUUUACAUUCAAUUCUGUUGUCUCUGUGCCAAAGUGAAAUAAGUCGGAGAGAUAAUAGAAAUUAAGGAAUGGGAAGGACUGACUUGGAGAGGUGGUUAAAAAUGCUCAACACACAUCGUUUGCCUUAAGGGGAAGCUGGGAGAGUUUGGCAAGGAAAUGGAGAACUGAGAGGAUAUGAAGGCAAAGGCUGUAGGUGGAAGCUGUGGAGAAGCCACUGGAGUCAGUGAAUAAAGUAAAUAGCAGGAAAGUAGACAGUGUGUUCUGUUCCCAGCACUGAAUCUGAUUUCUGGAAUGAUCUUUAACAAUUAGUUUAUUUGUUUGGCUGUCACUUUUCUUGCAGAGUGCUGGAAAGUAGAUUUCUUGAUGCUUCAGAACAACUUUUAGGUGGAGUGCUGCAGCCAUGUUGUUCUCAGAGGUUGUACAGUUGGGUCAUUGCUACUGUGUCAUCUCCUUCCAUUCUAAUUUAAGAAUUUGAUUAAGAAUCUUUCCUCUGUACAUUAAAUAUUACUCUAUCUGUGGAAAAAAAGAGUUAUGGUGCUGAUAGAUCUGUGGGAUGCUUUGAGUUCUGUGGGUGACAAAGCGCUUAUAUAUGCCAGCACCACCUUUUAAAAUUACUGGAAUUUUUAAAGUUAUGGUUUGAGAUUGUGUCAGACACAGCGAACACAAGGCUUUGAGUGGAAGUUGUGUCUGGAUACGUUACAGCUAAAGGUGAGGCUGGAGCUCUUGUUGCUGUUACAUAGAAUCGCAGAAUCAUGCAAUCGUUUGGGCUGGAAGGGACCUUAAAGCCCAUCCAGUUUCAUUCCCUGCCAUGGGCAGGGACACCUCCCACGGGAUCAGAUUUCUCCAAGCCCCAUCCAACCUGGCCUUGAACACCUCUAGGGAUGGGGCAGCCACCACUGCUCUGGGCAACCUGGGCCAGGGCCUCCCCACCCUCGGAUUAGACGUGAAGAAAAACAUCUUCCCUGAAAGGGUCCUCGGGCACUGGAACAUCUGCUCAGGGAGGUAGUGGAGUCCCCAUCCUUGUAGGGGCUCAAAAAUGGGCAAACGAGAUGCUGAGGGAUCUGGCUCAGUAGUAGACAGGUAUGGUCGGACUCAGUGAUUGCAAAGAUCUUUUUCAACAAAACCAUUCUAUGAUUCUAUGGGUUACAAGAACAGAGACUACACAAAGGAAGAUCCUAAUUUGGGAAAGGAGAGGGAAAACACAUUUAAAACCAGCUUCAGCUGAUUUUGCAUAUUUACUGUUCCACACAAGGAGGGUGAAAAUAGAAGCUUGUAUUUCCACCAGGGAUCUUCCCUCUACGGGAAGGCUAUUUCAAGGCUGGGUUGGAUGGGGCCUUGGGCAGCCUGGUCUAGUGGGAGGUGUCCCUGCCCAUCAUUGGAGUUUGGAACUAGAUCUUUAAGGACCCUUCCAACCCAAACUAGUCUAUGAUUCUGUGAUUCCUAGUUUGUUUAAGCGUGCUGAGACAGAGGGCUUUCAGACCAAGCAGAGAUGUUUAUGAGGCCAGGGAGGCUCUGCUGUAGUCGUUCAGAUGCAGACGUGCCUGCCACGAGUUUGCAUCUAGGAGGCACAGCGAGCUUGCUCCCUGUGCAGGCUUCACGACAGAGCUGUGUGUUGUGUAAGGCUGGAGAGAAGCAUUUGAAAACAAAGUGCGCCCCAGGGGAGCUCGUGCUGCCGAACCCUCAGAGAGGAGCUGGUGGCACACCAGCCCUCUUAAUAAUGAGGUGGAAAAUGAGCUCUGACAAGUUGGCUGGAAUACUCUGUGAGGUGUCAGCUUUGGCGUUGGCAGGCAGAGGGUUUCAGAAGCAAUAGCUUGCGCAGGGAGAAAUGCUCAUCCCACUGUAGGAUGGAAGCAACAACCUCCUUGAGCGCUGGGACUGCUUUGGAUCCAAGAGGACAUGAUAUUGUGAAGCAGGGGUUGGUAGCUGGUGUUUCCACCAUGUGUGAUCCUAUGGAUACAAAGCAGCUUGUGGGCAUUGUCCUGGAAACAUGGGUUUUCAGAGUUAGAACUGCAAGCUUAAGGUCUGACUUGUUUGGUAAAUCCCAUCCUAGCUCAGUCCCCAUCAGUCUGUGUGAAAGCUGCCAAAGGGAUGCACCAGGACUUCUGUGUGCAAGAACUUUGGUCCUGGAACGAAUUGCAUAGUGUAAAUACAGACUGGAAUGAAACUGCUGAGCUCUAAGAGGUGAACAUGCAAACACAGGAGUCAGUGUGGAUGGAAGCGAGUGUUUGGACAGAGGAUUACAGCAGGGCUACUAUAUAUUUUGGUAAAGCGUGUUGGCAGAGCUGUGUUUUUACAGGAGAUCUCCAUAUCCGAGAUCACAAGGAAGAGUGGGAAGGAAAUGGUUCUGAAUUGGUAAACUAUUGACAGCCUCGUGUAAUGAGAGACAUGUCAGCUUUUCCACGCACUCUGAAUUUAUUCACUUACACAGUAACUUUGCUAGUAAAUUGAUAACAACCCUAUUUAUGUGGGAAACUGAAUUAUAAUUACUGUCCAAGUGUAUUCCUCACUCAGCACUUAAGAAAAGAUUUCUAGUCCCCUCCAAAUCUCUUCUAAAAUUGAGAAGAACCUAAAUAUGCUGCCCAAAUGCAGCUUGGUGCCAGGCGAUGCAGUGGUGAGUUUGCCAAGCAUAGUGGCUGUACCCAGUACAGUGUCUGGGUCCAGUAUGACUCUGUUUUCUGAGACCGGAUGUCAGCAGAGAGAAGGUGAAGGGAAAGCAGAGCUUAGUAAACCCUUUCUUUCCCUUUGCUGAAGAAUUCUGCCCCCACACAGGCAAGAGAAAUAAAUUAAAGGCUGGAGUUGGUGCCGUGAAGGAGGGUUUGUUGACUGCAGUAUGCGUGGACAUGCUCUGAGAGGGAAUAAGGGACAACAGGGGGCUUUACUGUACUUGCAUUGGGAAAAUAAAGGGUGUGAAAGGUACUGCUACAAUUUCACAGCACUCAGGCAGCUUGUAGUCCAAGUCUGGAUUUAUUAGGACUGAAGUAAAGGAUUAGGAUCCUUAUUUUUAAAGGCUUCUACCCCAAUUGGCCUUCUGACACUGAACUUCAGCUUUGUGAAGCUGUUGUGACACUUCCCAAGAGAAAUUCAAUUUACAGUGAGCCCUGAGGGUUUUGUGAUGGUAGCUGUGAGUACAGGUUGGAUUUCUUAAAAGCUGAAAGAGGGGAGAUUGAGAUGACAUCUUAGGAAGAAAUGUUUUCCCAUGAGAGCGGGAGCCCUGGUGUUCAAGGCCAGGUUGGAUGGGGCUUGGAGCCCCUGAUCCAGUGGGAGGUGUCCCUGCCCAUGGCAGAGGGUUGGAACUGGAUGGGCUUUGAGAUCCCUUCCAACCCAAACCAUUCUGUGAUUCUAUGAUUUGCCGGUCUGAGGUUUGGUGUUGCCAUCAGAGAAACUGAGGCAGAAUCUGACAUGGGAGUCCAAGACAGAAACAGAGGUUGCAAGGCUCCCUGAGGCAGAUUUGGGCAAACCAUGACAGUGCAUGAAGGGACAGGAGAGGGAAGGUGGCAGAGCACAGAGGGGGAAAAGCUGCCAAGCAGCGGGAAGAGAGACAGAGAAGGAACAGCAGGCUUGGAGAGGCAGUAGGAGAGAGGCAGAGGAAAAGCAGAAGCUGGGUGUCUAUGGACACAAAUGAAAUAUUGAGUACAGUAAAAGCUGGAAAAGGCUGCGACAUGGGUGACGGGAAGGAGGAGGAGUUACCAGCACCGGCUACAGCCUUUCUGCCGCUGUGGGCCUCUUGUAUGCCCUUUGUUCCACUGCUUUGUUCAGGUCCAUCUCCACAACACAGAAAAUUCCAGCUCAGGCACCAGUGCUUUAGUUGGUUUCUCUGUGGCUUUGCUUAUGGCUCUGAAUUUUCCAGGGAGACCAGAGGGCAGCAAAGGGCUUAACCAACAACUGGUUUUUAAACCCUUUCCUGUCAUUGAAAUAUGUGGUCCCUUCCAGCCUUAGUCUGAAGCCUCAUUUAGUAAAGGAAACUUUGCAUUUAAUUCACAGGCCUAUUAGGGAAACAACACAGCAGUAAACUAGUUUGACUUGUGAGUAGAAAAUAGACUUGCUAAUAAACCUCUUGUUCUCAUUACAGUCCCAAGACACUGAGCGUUUCUUUUGUUUCAAUAAACAGAUGUCAGUGAUUUUAGAUGACACUGCCUGUUUUUCUCUCUUAAACUAAUACCUUACAAUCUGAUUCAAAGGCAAGAAAAUGGGGCAUUUCAGAUAGAAUUGCACAUUUUUCCUGUACACCUCAUGCCUUUGCUUGACACACGUAAUCACAGAGAAACCAAAAGCUUAGCUUCUUUUUUAUCCAUGAAACUUUGUUGUCUGUGUCUCAGCAUGGCAUAGAUAAAAGGAGGACAAGGCCCUGGAGAUCCUGUUUCACUCAUCAUUUUGUCCUUUCGUCUCAUCAGUCCUUUUUUCCAGUCUAUGUCUGUCUAGAGCCAAAUUCCAGUCUGUUCUUUAUGCCUGUUGGUUUUUGGAGACCUAUUUUUCUGUUGAUUAUUAUUUUGCUGUGAUUAUUUUUGCGUUACAGAGGAGCUGAGAAAUACCUGCUUGGUGCUGCCUCU